GAUUUCUGCUUAUCACAUGGUGAGAUAUCCGAUGCCGACGCGACGCCGAUUAUUUGCACAUCACUUUAGCCUUCCUUUCCAGAUUCCCAACAUCAUCGUCUAGAUUGAUGAUAUUAAAACCCAAAGAUGACUUCCACCUUCAGGCAGCCCUCUCUAUUCGAUCAUUUCCAUCGUAUACCCAAUCCAUAUGCUCAAAAGGGUUUAGAGUAUGUGACUCCUGGAAAAGAGCUCCGGAAGUUGAAGCGCAAGGAGCAAAAGGAACGCCGGAUCGAACAGAGACGGGCACAUUUGAAGAAAAGGUCACAACUACUGGCUGAGAGGGCUACGAUCGUCGCGAAGAGACCAGUUUGGCAUGAUAUACCAGACUGGGGAGAUCGUACAGACUGUCCCCUUUUCAAACUUCCUCCGGAAAUACUGGACUUGUGCUUUGGUACUGAACUUGACAAUGAUCUUUCGCUACGAGAAUACAUAGCCCUAGCUGCCGUCUCUAGAUAUUUCCGACAGCAAUUCACUUCUGAAGUGUUCCUGGCGAUUUUUCUCCACGUCACUGGUGACUGUCGGGAAUCUUUAGAUAAACACGCAGAACACAUAUUUUCCACCCACGUCGAAGACUGGAGAGAAGAGAAACCCCUUCCAAAGAUCAGUGAAUCCAUAUAUAUCGCUUCUAUGCCUCACGACCAAUGGACUCGCGCCGAAUACGAAUACCACACAGCUCUUCAAAAGUUUUAUCGAAGCCGGUAUAUGGUUAUGUACCUCCGAGGAGAGAUCCAUCGAUGCCCCUCCGGGGGAACAAACAAAUGGAUCGGCAACGUUAGUUAUACUCAUUCAAAUACUAUGGGAGACAAGAGUAUUUACUACUCGAGUACUGUUCCUGGGCUCAAAGACGGUGAAACAUAUGACCCAAAAGAUCCCACUUGUCUCCAUGCGGAUGUCCUGGACAAGAGUAUUUAUCCUUGUUGCUCAGACUGGAGCAUGGAUACGGAGAUUGAUGAGGAUGAACCAGAACUCAACAAGUGGAAGACAAUCGUCGAAAACUAUCACGUAACGUACGAGUCCGAUUUCUGGAACCGCAAAGCUGAGGAGAUAUUACGGAGGCGAAGACGAAAGAGAUAUAGGCGGAAACAAAGCAGUCGGCCAGGGGAGCCUGCUAAACGUGUAGAUACUAAAUUAGACCUGUCCAGUAGUGACGACAGUGGGUAUGACACUGAUGACCUACAGAAACUCGUAAAUGAUGACGAACUGGGAAAUGAGACGGAAGAUGGGCUUGAUGGUUACGAUGGAGAUAACGAGGAUACAGCUGAAGGAAAGAACGACGAGAUCAACUCCGAAGUCCCGGAGAACCAAGAAAAACUUGAACUUAUGAUGCUCCGCACGCUGGCCAUAAAAGCUCGUGAUAGUCGGGAAGCGUAUGAAAAGAGAAAGGAAGGGGAGGAGACGAAGGAUGAACCGGAAUCGGACGAUGGCUGGGUUGUACCACUCCCCGGAGAUCCAGAAAGGGAGGCUCUUGCUUUGAAAUUUCUCGAGUACGUUCUUGAGCCGGAACCGCACGACCAUUGGCCAAGCCAUGUGAGAAGGACGAUUGCGCGUAACAUCAACUCUCACGCUGUUGCUGAAGAUGAUGCUAUCGAAGUUUACGGAGUUACCAAAGAGGAAUUAUAUGGUCUCAAACAUUAUCAUGGUGCCCUUUGGGAAAAAACUGAUCUCGUACUGUAUCCUCGAAUGGCCGUGGAGGCUCUUACCUUGCGAUCGCACGGUGGGCCCCUGGGUCAUUACAGGUUCAUCAUAGACAGACACGCUAGAAAACUCAGAUAAUACCACGCUCUCUUUCAACCUCAAGAUGAUCCGAGCAAGGACGGCGGGUAAGCCUACCGAUUACGAACAUCCAAGUAGGAGAUGCGCAAUAUAGCAGAGCUAAGACCGAAUGCUGGAACCAGUCAAUGGCUCAAACCGACGUAGACCUCCAGAAACUCGCCGCUGUAAAUGGCUUACGAAUGCUCGUCACCCAGAAGGGAAGAUCUAAAGCACUAUGCAUCGAAAGCGCAAAGACAGAAGAGUCCGAAAACUCAAGGGUUCCAGCUGCUUCACAUGCUAUAAAAUUGCAAGAAAGCUCCAAAUAUGCUAUACAAGAGAAAUUACAGCUCAAAACUUGUCGCUUUACUCUACAAGACACGUUCGCACAUAUUCAAAAAGAACCCAAAAUGCUAGAUGAACCUCGGCACAAACUACUCUCUUUUAAAAUAUAUGAUUGCAAUGUCGCUACACUUCUCUCUCUGUGCUUGAAGAUUUGGCCUCGUUGGCACUUUCGGUCUUGGCUUCCCGCUCCGCUUUGGCAGCUUGAUUUUUCUUGUCAAAGGCUCCAGUUUUUCUUAACCAUCUAUAACAAUCAUCAGCAUAUUUGCCAC